GCCAAGUGGCCAUGGCGGCCGCAUCGGGCUCUGUGCGCCUGCAGCGCUGCUUGGUGUCUCCGGCCGGUAGACACAGUGCGUCUCUCAUCUUCCUGCACGGCUCAGGUGAUUCUGGACAAGGAAUGAGAAGAUGGAUCAAACAGGUUUUAAAUCAUGAUUUAACAUUCCAGCACAUCAAAAUCAUUUACCCAACAGCGCCUCCCAGGCCUUACACACCUAUGAAGGGCGGCAUCUCCAAUGUCUGGUUUGACCGACUGAAAAUCUCUAUUGAUUGCCCUGAGCACCUCGAGUCCAUUGACAAAAUGUGCCAGGUACUCACGGAUUUGAUUAAUGAGGAAGUCAAAAGUGGCAUUAAUAAGAACAGAAUCUUAGUAGGAGGAUUUUCAAUGGGAGGGUGUAUGGCCAUGCAUCUAGCCUAUAGAAGUCAUCAAGAUGUGGCAGGAGUAUUUGCUCUUUCUAGUUUUCUGAAUAAAGACUCUGCUGUUUACCAGGAUCUUCAGAAGGUGGACAGUGCCCUUCCUGAAUUAUUUCAGUGCCAUGGUACUUCAGAUGAGUUGGUCCUUCAUUCAUGGGGAGAAGAGACGAAUUCCAUGUUAAAAUCUCUGGGUGUGAACACCAAGUUUCAGAGUUUACCAGGCGUUUACCACGAGCUGAACAGAACUGAGCUAGAACACCUGAGGUCCUGGAUUCUUACAAAGCUACCAGGAGAAGUAGAAACGCAAAAGGAAUGAGUGAGAAUCAAUGAAUAUCCAUGAGUAUAUGAUAUAGUGGAUAUAUCACUGUGAAAAGUGAUAUCUGCCAGAUUAUAACUUCAUAGUGAUCAUGGAAAUCUUUGGAAAUACCAUUAGUGAUGAGUUUUGUGCUUGGAAUACUUGGCAUGGAAGAAUGUUAUGUUCAUAAUGAUAACUUUCACAAAUUUCUUUAUAAUUUUUUGGGUACAUUUUUGUGAAUUUAGGAAACCCAAGUAAUUUUGAUUGUAAAUCUUAAACAUAAUUGAAAAAAUAAAGACAAC